UGACAGAGACAAAAGAUCGCUUGGUUCGCUCGUCCAAUCACAAGAAGGCUGAUCACAGCUGUUCUAAAGAUGGCUGGCAGUUUGUGACGGUCUGCUUGGUUCCUUUGGUGUGCGUAUUAAGAGAUCAAAGCAGUUGUCGCCAUGUGGAUUACAGGUAAGCCUGACCCGGCUUUUCAAAAGGACAUGAUGUUCAAUGAACUCUUCUCCGAGUGUCGAUCCGCUGCUCCAGGUGCUCGCCUGUCAUAUCCUGUUCGGAACAAAUUAGAACGCAUUUCUCACGAAGAACGCAAGGAUAUUGUCUCUCGUGUGCAAGAAGGUUGUGCACCGCUGUUUAUCGCCUGUAAAAAAGGGAACCUGGAAAUAGUGGACUAUUUGGUGACCAGGUGUGGCUCAGACAUUGAGCAACGCGGAGUUUACGAAGUGCCCGAAGAUCGGUCGAUCCAUUUUGUGACACCGCUUUGGUGCGCAGCCGUUGCGGGCAAGCUGAACGUGGUGCAACUUCUUGUCACUUGUGGAGCAAAUGUGAAUAGUGUAUCUGACACAGGAUCCACUCCCGUCCGCUCUGCCUGUUUCAUGACCCACAACGACAUAGUUUCCUACCUGAUCCAACAAGGGGCAGAUAUCCUGAGACCGAAUUACAAUGGUGGAACCUGUCUGAUCAACUCUGUUCAGAGUGCUCCUUUAUGUAAAUACUUACUGAGCUGCGGGGCUGAUGUUAACGCUCAGGACGUGCAAUUCAAGACGGCGCUGCAUUACGCCAUCCAAGAGCACCGUUUCGACACAACGCAAUUGCUUAUAGAACACAAUGCUAACCCGUACCUUCGUAGUCGCUACGGAGAUGAUGCUUUGCAAACAGCCUGCCUCAAGGGUUCCAAAGAGAUAUUUGAGUAUCUGCUCACCACUCUCGACUAUCCACCAGCUAGAAUAGCAGAUGCCUAUGAACUGAUAGGAACAACUUUUUUAGAUGAGCAUCACGAUUUGCCAGCCACUCUCCAAUGUUGGAGAAAAGCUCUGAGUGUGCGGGAGACGUACAAUGUGCCCAAAGCCAAUCCGACGGGUCCCUUUCGGAAGGCAUACCAUCAGGCUCACGUGAAUGCGGAAGAAUUUCGCACUCUCGAGGAAUUAAACCUCAUGGCAGUGGACAUGGAUGUCAUAAGGAACCAAUCUCUUCUCAUUUGCGAACGAAUUUUGGGCCCACUCCACAAAGACACCAUCUAUCGGCUCAUGUUCCGCGGUGCAGCGUAUGCCGACGACCUCCAAUACCAGCGAUGCAUCGACUUAUGGAAAUACGCCGUGGAACUGCGGAUCAUCAAGGACUCUGUGUUACACAGCGAAUCUGCCGUGGCUGCCAUGGCGCUUGUUCGGCUCUGUCUGGACAUGUAUGAGAAGCACCAAGCGGGAGUGAUGCGAGAAAAAUUGGACAUGCAAGAUGUGACGGACAUUAUUACUCUCCUCGUUGAGCAGCUUGCUGAGGCAAUGAGCGUGCUCGUCAUUCGUCCCGUUUCCAAACGGCAACAAGACAACUUUGACAAGAUCCUCAAGGUAGUCACGCAUCUUUUCUACAUUCUCAAUGCUCUGCCCAAGGAGGAUGAAAAGGACAUGCGCCGUUUGGUCGCUCAUGCACUCGCUCAAGAUCCUCGUAAUUCUGCCGGAGAUUCUCUCCUCCAUCUGGUAGUGAGCAAAAGCAAUGUCCUCAAGCAGACCAACUUUUUAGAAGACACACGUCCAGCACUGUUUCCAGAUGAGAAAGUUUCCCGUCUUCUUCUCGAGUGUGGAGCUGAUGUGGAAGCGACCAAUCACAGCAUGAGUACUCCACUUCACGUGGCUUCCCUGCGAAAUAACUAUCGUCCCGCGGUGGUGAAAGUUUUACUAGAGCACGGAGCACACGUGGAUCGUCGAAAUGGUAAUGGAAAUCAGCCCCAUAGGAUGCUCCAGGGAAUCCCAGAGUGUAACCUCAAUCCUCUUCACUAUGUGACCUUGAGUUGCCUGGCAGCUAGGAAAAUAAUGGAAAGGCGGAUCAGGUACAUCGGUGAGGUACCCGUCUCACUGGAGGGAUUCAUCCGUCUUCACUGACAUUUUAAUCUUCCUUUUAUUGCAUUGACGCGGCAGAAAGAAAUGCUUUGUAGUGGUUUUCCUCUUUUUAUCCCUCGUGGAAGGUCACAAAUAAAAGGAUAUUGUGCUUUGGAACCUUU